AUGUACCUUGUUCUGCGCAGGGAUUAUCCAGUGCUGCCACCGCCCAAACACCCUCUUUCGAUCUUGACUGAAAAAACUCCCCCGCUUGGCUUUGCCUUACAGCAAAAUGCAAGGUACUCGCUGAAAGCAAAAGCAUACCUCGGACGUUGGAUUAACCUCAUUUCCGACGGAAAUCAAUUCCGCUCUUUGCUGCCGGAGUGCCAUCAUGAUACGGUCUAUAUUGCUGAAGAGCAUCAUGAGGCGACACGCACCUUUGCUGGCUGCACAUCAGUUUCCAUGCUUUCAUUUUUGUCACGGCUAACGGGCGUUGAAAGCCAAGAUGCGUCCCUCAAAAUUCUGAUGGAUCGAGAUUACGUGUUCUUGAGAGGGACAGCAGAUGAAGCAAAUGAGCAAGCUCUUCGAGGAGUCCUUAGUCUUUGUCUACCUUCAACACAGCCUGCAGUCGGCGUCCGGCUACGUUUAGACGGCUUCUUGCGUCGCAGAGACCAUGACAUAGGAUCAAAAUCGAGCGAAGGCUCAACCACGGUCCGCGUCUUCGAGUACGAAUGGCCUCCCUUCCUCACCGACCAUGGUCAUAGAGACCUCCCCCCAUGUUCCUCUAAUACCACUACUCAUGAGUGGCCAUUCAAACUUUCUAUACACGGUGAUACACCAGAAACUUUUCAAGGGUGUAGUCGGUGCAGCAUCACCUACCAACUGACGGCAACGACGAUUCGAAGCAACACCUCUUCUGCAACGCCUCAGGCAUACAAAGCGAUACGAAUAAAUAGGACGCUUUCAAGUUCCGCAUUCGAGUUGAUGGACCCUGUGACGGUCGAAGGUACAUGGGGAGAAAAGUUGCGAUAUUCGAUCUCCAUCGGCCAUCGCGCCAUUGCCCUGGGCACAGCUAUUCCUCUCGAAAUGCGCUUUGCGCCGCUGAAAGCAGGGACAAGGAUCUCUCAAGCAAAAUGCCAACUUUUGGAGUCACACAAGGUGAAGGCUGGUAAAAGCCAGCAAACAACCUUCGUUGGCGAUAGGGAUGUUGCCGAGUGGGACACGCCAAUGAACAACCAUGAGAAUUUGGAGCAACGCUUUUACAAGACGACGCAGAGCCUUCCUCUUCCUGCAGAGCCGAUACAAUGUUCUCCAGAUAUGAAAUCCCACGAUAUCAGCAUGACCCACCUUCUUUCGAUCGAGGUCACUGUUCAGGAUUCAGACAAUAGUCCUUUUGCAAAUAAGUACCGUGCAUCGCUGCCUGUCGUACUCUUUGCAUCACCUCAGAUCCCAAUUGAUGCGAAUAACAAGUUCGUUCGGUCAACGAGUCCGGAUAUCGACGAAGAUGUGGCAUCACUUAGCGGGCUGGACGUACCGCCUGUCUACGGCGCACAUUUGCAGGACAAAGUCUUAAAUGACUUGUCGAAAUCCUUGCAUGUUUCUCUUGGAACUAAAACGGAAAUAGCAGAUAUUACCCAGGCAGUCAAAUUCCUGUCCGGCGGGGAGUACUUCCUAAUUUGGGAAGGGGUUCCUGACUACAUCUUGGUUCUUGACUAUGAAUUUGUGUCAAGAAGCACGGCGAGACACGUGCCAGAGUAUCCAAGAAUAGGGUUUUGGGAAGAUUACAAAUCCUUCUUCGAAUACUCAUCUGCUGCUACUUCGGAAAGAGCUUGUCCGCAUUUCUUCUCUGGGAACUCCGACAGAAGGGACCACUCAUUUCCAGCCACACCUGCUUGGAAGAGGCUGACAACGACAGACCAGCUCUCAUGCUACUGGAAAUCCUGCACUAUUCCUGAGGCUCCGACUUAUCACGUUGAGGCAAAGACCUCCAGGCCAAGCUUAAAGCUUCCAUUUUACCAGAUGGCGCCGACUACCCACGUUCAACGCAUCGAGUUACGGCAGCUUCCUCUCCUACCUACCAAUAGAGAGCAUGGCACAUCAAAUGGCGAAACAUUCUCGCUCCAUUCACACCCCGGGCAUCCGGGUGUGUCUAGCCAUCCGUCAGAAUUCGUCCAUCAUGAACGCACUGGAUCGGCUUUCCCACCCGAUGAUGCAAUCGUAGCCUUGCAGACAUGGAAAAGCUCACGUUCGAAUGUUAUCCGAACCUUGGCUGUCUUUUGGAGUUUAUUGGUCAUGGGAGCAAAUGAUGCCUCAUAUGGUGUAAGUUGGUACAAUAAACAGGACAAUGUCGUGAUCAUGGUUACUAACGUAGGCUUCAUGUGCGACCAGGCAAUUAUUCCUCAUCUGGGAAAAUAUUACGACUUACCGUACUCCUUCACGUCUCUGAUCUUCCUUGCGCCUUUCAUAGGUCACACGCUCUCAGCCAUUUUGAACAACAGUCUACAUGAGAGUGUUGGACAAAGAGGCAUCGCAAUUAUCUGCUCUUUCUGUCACCUAGCAUCGUACAUUGCCAUCUCCCUACAUCCACCGUAUCCAGCGUUAGUUUUUAUUUACAUGUUGGCUGGCUUGGGCAAUGGCAUCGGUGACGCUGCUUGGAACUCUUGGGUCGGGAGUCUGGCGGACUCUAGCCAUGUCAUCAGUCUGAUGCAUGCUUGUUAUGGUGUCGGCGCUGUCCUCAGUCCAAUGACGGCAACUGUAAUUAUCAGCAAGGCUCAGCUUCCAUGGCACACGUUUUACUACUUCAUGGUGAGAGUCAAGUUUCCACAACGAACGUCUUUCAAUGUUUUACUAACAAAAUCAUUCCGCAACAAGGCUGGUCUGGCUAUGGUGGAGCUCGUUUUGACUCCCUCUGCCUUUUGGUCCGCUACUGGGGGUGCAUACUGUGAAGAGAAUCCCAAGGGUCCAGAGCCGCGAGAGUCAAUUGUCCACGAGACAUUGUUCAAACUCCCUUCGGCCCGGGUUACUUGGCUAUGCGCAAUAUUCGCCCUUGGCUAUGUCGGACUGGAGGUGUCUCUUGGCGGUUGGAUCGUCACAUUCAUGUUGCAGGUUCGCCACGGAGAAGAAUUUGCCAGCGGUAUGACAGCCACUGGUUUCUGGGCUGGGCUGGCUCUGGGUCGAGUUGCCUUAGGUCUCGUAACCCCUCGAGUGGGCGAGAAGCUCGCAGUCAUGCUAUACCUCGGCGCUGCCGUUUGUUUGCAGCUUUUGUUCUGGCUUAUUCCCGAAUUCUUUGUCUCCGCAAUCACCGUAUCGCUCCAGGGGUUCUUCCUCGGACCCCUGUUCCCCACCAUGAUGAUAGCCAUCACGAAGCUACUACCGAGGCACUUACACGUCAGUGCUAUCGGUUUCGCCAUCGGUCUUGGAGGUAGUGGCGCUGCUAUCCUGCCAUUUGUAAUCGGAGCUCAGGCUCAGCGCCACGGUGUGCAAGUCUUAUCGCCGAUACUGCUCGGGGCGCUGGCAUUCUUGUUGUUCACCUGGUCCUUCUUACCCAACUUUGGUCGCAAACAUGAGGACUCGAGUCAUUCCACAGAGGUCCUAAGAAGAGCCCUUGAUUCUCCCCGGCAUCGCGAACUUGUGAAGUUUGGUAUAGUUGAUUUCCUCAUUGAAAGUCGACUUUCUCGUUCAAUUGGAAGCAUCGAGUCGCAUGAGUGGUAUUUUGACUUUUCAUCUCUCACAGGCGAAAUUGCCAACAACGCAUAG